AUGGCUGCAACACCAAUGAUCGUGGAUUCUGAUAGCGCAAGUCCACCCCCACGAAAAAGGAUUCGUCAAGAUCCAGUCGCGUCAAGAAAAACUCCUAAAGAACCCCGACUAUUUUUUCCAUUUCGAGCCCUUGGUCUAAUCACGAACCAUGUACCAUUCGUAUUGCAAACCCGAUCACACAAGGGUGCGACCGAUGGUCCUCGAAUACACCUUCUGACCUGCCUAGGGAGAUCAUGGGCUUUGUGGGAAGGAGGAAAAAUGACACUUCUAUUCGUCGGACCGGAUGCAUCGGAACAUAUAUCUAGUAUGGCUAUGGAUGGAGACGGGGUAUGGGUUGCUUCAGGCCCCCAUGUCAUAAAAUACAUACGCGGGAAAGAGGUUUUACGUGCUACAAAUCCAUUGGAUACAUCGCUGGUCUUUAUAACAAUCUUCGGACCCCACAUCUUAGCCUUGACCGAAGCGGGAGAUCGAAUGAUGGUGUGGGAUACUACGGAAGGAGAGAUGCGUUCCACCAUUCAAUUCGAUCAAGAUUUCGCCGCAACCUCAAUUCUCCAUCCUGCCACUUACCUGAACAAAGUGUUGGUGGCAAGCAGCCAAGGGACCAUGCAACUUUGGAAUACCCUCUCUCAGACUUGUAUUUACAAGUUCACCUCCGCCAAAUUACUAUCGUCUCCAAACGUACCUGUUCCUGGCGCCGAACUUGGUUGCGCCAUAACAGCUCUAACCCAAUCGCCAGCCAUUGACGUCGUUGGUAUUGGUUUUACCUCUGGUGAAAUUUCGGUUUACGAUAUUCGUGCCGAUGAGCGCCUCAUGCGCAUGUUCAUGGAAGGCGGCAUCAGGUCGUUAGGUUUCCGAAGUGAUGGUAACCAUAUCCUCGCGUCUGCCUCUUCUGCUGGGCAUAUUGCCCUCUGGGAUCUGAAUGCUGGAGGGCGACUACUUCACAUGAUUAGAGGUGCCCAUGAUGGAGCUAUCACAUCUGUCGAAUGGGUGCCGGGACAACCUGUCUUGAUCACCUCCGGCGAAGAUAACAGCGUAAAGCAAUGGCUUGUUGAGUCCCCCACUUCCCCGCCAAGAUUGCUCAAGUUCCGGUCAGGCCACCACGCUCCUCCCCACCUUAUCCGAUAUUAUGGUGACGAUGGCAAACAACUCCUGACGGCUUCAAGGGAUCGCAGCCUUCGUUGCACCUCCGUCGUCAGGGAUUCACGGUCGUUCGAGUUGUCGCAAGGAUCCCUUGCUAAAAAGGCGACAAAUCUGUCCAUUCCCCUGGCUUCGCUCAAGUUUCCUCCGAUAACGUCGCUUUCAUACUCAUCAGCGAGGGCGAAAGACUGGGACGAUAUCGUGACUGCCCACACGGACGAGACCUUCGCUCGCACCUGGACGAUGCAAAACAAAAAACUUGGCAAGUAUAGUUUUGGGUUCGCAGAAGCUGCGACCGUGAAGGGAAAGGGUAAAGAACGAGCUCCGUUAGGUUCCGUCAAAGCAGUGUGUGUAACAGCUUGUGGGAACUUUGGCAUAGCCAGCUCCUCGACUGGCGAGAUACACAUGUGGAAUAUGCAGUCCGGCAUCCGACGUAAGACCUACAAGUUGGGAUCAUGUCCUCCCGAAGUUGCUGGCAGGUUACAUUCGACAAAAACCAAGCGGCGUUCUGUGACGGGGCUGGCCACGGAUUCUUUGAACUCCACCGUUAUUGCGAGCACUAUGGAUGGAACGAUCAACUUCUUUGAUUUCCAGACAACAAAACUCGAACAUACUCUGAUUCUUCCUUCGACGGCUGUGUCAAUAUUACUACAUCGUGACAGUGGUUUACUGGCUGUCGUAUGCGACGACAUGGUCGUUCGGGUGGUUGAUAUUGAGACAAGAAAGGUGGUCAGAGAGUUGGGCGGCUUCCGUGGUCGUGUCCUCGACAUCACAUUCUCGCCCGAUUCACGGUGGAUAAUUACGACAUCGUUGGAUUCCAUCAUUCGGACUUUCGAUGUGCCUACCGGACGCUUGAUCGACGCCUUCAAAACGGCGACUCUUGCUACAAGCAUGGCUUUCUCGCCUGCUAACGACUUUUUGGCGACAGCUCACGUUGACAGCGUUGGCGUGUAUCUUUGGGCAAAUCGUGCUCAAUACGCCGAGGUCUCGUUCCACAGUGUUGGGGAUGACGAAAUCGCUGAAGUGGCACUCCCUUCAAUGCAAGGCACGGCAGAAGAGGAGGCUCUCCAGGCUCUCUCUGAUUUGACUGUGGAAGACGCCCCUGUCGAUGUGUUCUCCACUCCUCCUCAACUUGACGGAGAGUUGAUCACGCUCACGCUGCUCCCUCGUUCGCGCUGGCAAACGCUCCUGAAUAUAGAAGUCAUACAGCAACGCAACAAACCCAAAGAGCCACCCAAAGCUCCUGAGAAAGCUCCAUUCUUUUUGCCUACUCUACCCGGUGUCGAGACACGCUUUGCGCCUCCACCGAAGGAAAGCGAAAAGGAGAAGAAGAGCACGCGACGAUUAGACAAGACGUUUGCGGAGACGGAGAGUAUAUUUUACCAAAAACUGGAGGCGGACGACGCACAAGGAGACUACGAAACAUUUUUCAACUACGCCAAAACUCUAUCACCAGCCGCGAUCGACUUAGAGCUGAGAUCUCUCGUAUCCGUGGACAAUCUCAAACUGUUCCUCAACGCCCUCACACAACGUCUUCUCUCGCAUCGAGAUUUCGAAGCGGUGGAAACGUUCCAAAAUGUAUUUUUGAAGAUGCAUGCGGAUGUUAUGACCGAAAAUCCGGAGCUGCGACCGAGUUUGGAGAGGAUGUUGCAGGUGCAGAAAAAAGAGACAGAGCGGGUGUUGGAAUUGAUUGCGUCGUCGAUCGGGACGUUAGGUUUUGUGAGGGACACUUUGUAG